UAGGGCAUAGUUUGUUGCACAGACAAUCUCUCAUAAUGAAAAAGGUGUGGCCAGAGGGAACAGUAUCUCAUAAGGUGAAAGUAGCUGUCUACUAAGCUGUCCUGGAUUCUUGUGGGCGAAGUUAGUCAUAGUCCAAGCUAUUGAGAAGAUUAAGUAUGACUCAGUCUGCUAUAAGUGCCUUGGAGGUGUAUAAGGAGAUUUUACUGCUGUACAUAGAGGAGGCGAGGCGCUAUGUAAACUCUCAGUGUGAUGGUCUGGAGCCAUGGCAGAUCAUUGUGACCACUUUGCUGUCCACCCUCAGUGCAGUGUGGCUAAAAGGCUUCCUUUUCCAACAGGAGAGUCUGCUGUCAAGAGUAAAGAAGCAAUUCUUCAAACUGAUCAGAAAAAUCCCGUUUGUCAGAGCAACAAUUCAGAGUCAGCUCAACAAAGCAUUGGAUGACAUGUCAAUGAGUCUCUGUACACUGAAGGAAGGCAUGAGCUACACAAAACAACUUCCAACACAGGGCCUCACCCACAAACAACUCCUUGACAAAAUCAGAGAGUAUGAGACACUGAGUGAAGUAGACUGGGCUAAAGGCAAGGUGUCAGGUGCAGUCUACUGGGGAGAUGAGAAGCUCACAGAUCUACUGGUGAAGGUGUAUGGUGAAUUUGCCUGGACCAACCCGCUCCAUCCAGACCUUUUCCCUGGGGUUAGAAAAAUGGAGGCAGAAGUGGUGCGGAUGGCGUGUGCUCUCUUUAAUGGAGGACCAAACUCCUGCGGCACAGUUACUUCGGGUGGAACCGAAAGCAUCCUCAUGGCAUGCAAGGCGUACAGAGACAUGGCCCACGAGCGUGGGAUCAAACAUCCAGAGAUCAUUGCACCAGUGAGUGUCCAUGCAGCGUUUGACAAAGCAGCACAUUAUUUUGGGAUGAAGCUCAUUCACAUACCUCUGGACAAGAUGACCAUGAAAGUCGAUGUGAAAGCCAUGAGAAGGGCCAUCUCUAAGAACACAGCAAUGCUGGUGUGUUCAGCUCCUCAGUUUCCUCACGGAAUUAUGGACCCUGUGGCAGAAGUUGCAAAGCUGGCAGUAAAAUACAACAUCCCUUUCCAUGUGGAUGCAUGUUUGGGUGGGUUCCUAAUAGUUUUUAUGCAAAAGGCUGGUUACAAACUCGAUCCUUUUGAUUUCCGGGUUAAAGGUGUGACCAGUAUCUCAGCUGAUACACACAAGUAUGGUUAUGCCCCUAAAGGCUCCUCAGUGGUGCUCUACAGUGACAGGAAAUAUCGCCACUAUCAGUAUUUCGUAGCACCCGAUUGGCAGGGAGGAAUUUACGCGUCUCCAUCCAUGGCUGGCUCUCGCCCUGGGGGUAUCAUUGCUGCCUGUUGGGCUACAAUGAUGCACAUGGGUGAGAACGGAUAUGUAGAGACCACCAAGAAAAUCAUUGAGACAGCCCGUAAAAUCAAAACAGGAAUCCAUAAAGUGGAUGGGGUUUUUGUGUUUGGGGAUCCAGAGGUGUCCGUGGUGGCACUAGGCUCCAAUGACUUUGAUAUCUUCCGCUUAUCCAAUGCACUGACGUCAAAGGGCUGGAAUCUCAACACUCUGCAAUUUCCAUCUAGCAUACAUAUUUGUGUAACAAUGCUGCACACGCAGCCUGGUGUAGCUGAAGAGUUCGUGAAUGAUGUAAAGAAAGAAGUAGCUAUUAUCAUGAAGAAUCCAAAGGAGAAGACCACGGGAAUGGGAGCCAUCUAUGGCAUGGCCCAGUCUAUUCCUGACCGGUCAAUGGUUGCCGAAGUCUCACAAGGCUUUUUGGACUGCCUCUAUAGCACUGAGGUGCCCAAGAUACAAAGCAAGCACCACAAAAAUCAUAAGAACCACAUGAAUGGCAACUCCAAAUUGCACUGAGAUGGACUGUCAGCUGGCUGAAAGGAUGCUCACCACAAUCAUCUAAUCAUUUACUUGUUUGUCCUUCAUUCAGUCGUCUAUUUACAACUAACUAGUUCAUGUAUAAGCCAUAGUCGCCUGAUUUUUUGCAUUUGUGACUGAGGACCAUCAGUAUCCUCUUUAUAGUUCUAAAAACUUUAAAGGGAGCUGCACAAGUAUAUUUGUGGGUCUGUAAAGGUUCUGGGACAUUUUAGUCUAAUUUUGGUGACCGAGUGCAGUUUUACUAUAGUUUAAUUUCUUCAAUUUCUCAUUCAUUUUUUUAUGACACUCCCACCAAUACAGUUUGAAGUAUUUUCUGACACUUAAAUCUCAGGAUACCAGUGCACAACAUAACCACAAUUAUUUUAUAUCUGAUACAUCUGUUUUUUUGUUUUUUUUUCACAAUCUAAAUUGAUCGUUUCCAGGAAUUAAGAAUGACAGAUUUGGAUAAAAUCAAAAUAAUACUGACAUAGACUAAAGCCACUAUUCCCAGUAUCUCCUUGUCAAAAGGGACUUGAAAAAUAUAAUCAUUUUAGGAAGGUAGUACUGCUACUGCUCAGAGGAACCAGUAUUGCUAAUGUUUUAAUUUUAUUAUUUUUAAUUCCCCAGAGUUAGCAUAGAAUCAGUGCAAUUUGAAAGCCCAUUCUCAAAAAAAUCAUCUCACUUUAGAAACAGAAUCUCACUGAUUUUAAAUUACAUGUGGCAAAUGAUAUCAGGGCACAACUUCACAAAUUUGUCAAGCAUUUGCUUCAGGCUGUGUAGUUCAACUACAUUUCCUGGUUCUACACUUGACAAUUUCCCAUCCAUUGUUUAUAUAUAUAUAUAUAUAUAUAUAUAUAUAUAUAUAUAUAUAUAUAUAUAUAUAUAUAAUAUAUAUAAUAUAAUAUAAUAAAUAUAUAUAUAUAUAUAUUACCUUUCACCCUAUCUACCUCAGAUCUUGUUCCAAACAAUUGUACUUUUAUUCAUUGACUGCUUCCCCUUUUUUUUCUCGAUCUUGAGUAUUGUCACUUAAGUGGAUGUUGUGUUCCCUAGUUUGAUCAUCAGUCAAUGACAUGCUCCAGGUUAUGGUACAGUUAGCGAUAACAGUUUUCAGGGAAUAGAAGUCAGAAAACUGCAUCCCUUGAUUCAUGAAUUUCAUAUGAUGAUGUUUUGUUGUGUUUGUUUGGGAUCUUUGUUCCGGUUCAAAACAUCUGAAUGACAGCUUAGCCCUGGAACAGCAAAAAGGGAAAUACAUUUUUUCAUGAAGGGAGAGUCUGGGAUAUAAGAAAGUGAUGAAAUGGUACCAUAGAAACAUCACACCAGAUCUUGUCAGCAAUGUAAUCCCUUGUUGUAAGCACUCAUAAUAUUUGUGACCACUGUGUGUGUUUUAUAUUGUAAAUCACUAAUAUAUAACUAAUGUCUCAUAUUUCAAUAUUUGUUUUUAUCAUCUUUUUGAGGGCUUCACUGGCGUGGGGGCAAUGCAGUGUCCAGGGCAGUCUUGUAUGUAGGAUACCACUGUAGUACAGUGUAGUUUCAACAACUGUAACAUAAUUUAGACUAAGGCAUAGUUGUGGAUAUUUGUCAAACAAUUGCCCUUCUUGCCAAAAUGAAAGCAUUUUAUGUCUCCAUGCAAUAAUUCUGUAAUUACUGUAACUACCUGAAACCGAGGCACCUUGAUCUCCUGAACUUUUAAAGCAUUGCAAAGUUUGGUUAUAUACUACUGUAAGGUUAUGGUUGUAUAAAGCACAAAAGCAACUGCAUUCACCUAUAUGCCUUUCACAGACGGUCAUGGUGUGUGCUAUUAUGUUAUCAAAGUAGCUACAUCAGCCUCAGGGACUAGGCCUUUACCACAUCAUGCAAUCCAUUUCAAUUUUAUCCUGUAAUGUUUUUUUGUUCCUAUAUAAAUCAAUAAAAGUUUACUUAAAAAUC